UUAUAGACACAGUGUCGUGCGGACGUGCGUUUGAAACUGUCGCUCGCAUAUAAUGCAACCUCCGCAACAUCGUCCUUUUUAAAUGAAUUUGUGUUCAGUCAUUAAAAAUAAGUAGCUUGAAUAAUAAUAUAAAAGGCAUACAUGAAUUUAAGAAGAUAAUUCGUGAUAAAGCACUGCCACCUUUCAGUUCAGUGAUCUUUUAAUACAGUGGUCCUUAGAAAUGGAUGAGGCUUUCGCGCAUUUGGAGAGUGAUGAGAAGAAGUGCAAGAAGGGUCUAGUAGCCCCGGACGGGGGCUGGGGAUACGUGGUUGGUCUAGGGGUUGGAUUUACCUUCAUGUUGGGUUUCGGGUCUUCCAACGCGUUCGGCAUAUUGUUUCACAACUUCUUUGUGGAGCAGGGCAGCGGUAGUGGCUUGCCGCUUGUCAUAGGAGUUUACAAUGGAGCCCUUUCUAUUUCUGGUUUCCUGGGCGGGAUAGCUUUGAAGCGAUAUUCUUUUCGUCAGGUGGGCCUCGUUGGAGCAGGAUUAUUUGUGCUCGGAGAUGCCCUCACAAUUUUCGUGCAAAGGACUUACCAGUUGGUCUUCACAUUCGGAGUUAUUAGAGGAGCCGGAUUCGGAAUGAUGAUCCCAGUCAGUUUUACGGCCUUUAAUUGCUAUUUCACCAAGAAACGGACGGCAAUGAUGAGCGCCAAUCAAGCAAUGAGCAGUUUAGCCUCUAUAACCUUCCCAAUGUUGGUGACGUACCUUCUGUCGGAGUACGGACUAAGAUGGACCCUCGCGUUAAUCAUGGCAGUUGAUCUACACUUGGUGUUUGCCAUGCUAGUCAUGCAUCCUGUUGAAUGGCAUAUGAUUAGAUCUGAUGAAGUUAUUGAAAAAGAGUUAUGUGAUAUAAAUAGUAUUAAAAAGAAAAGUAUAGACAGUUUCGAUGAGUUCUCUGUGCGUAUGCUACCCGGUGGUGAAGAGGACGUGGAAAUAAAAAGUAUUAAGAGAAGAAAAAAGGAGUCUAGGACAAUUAAUUUCGUAAAGAUUGUGUGUGAAAAUGUAGAACUGGACUUGUUGAAGGACCCUAAAUUCGUUAGCACUUUAGUUGGACUCGGGUUCGCCUUUGUGUCUGAUGUUACAUACUUGGCUAUGGAACCAAUGCUACUUUUCUCGUAUGGAUUUUCUAAGAUACAAGUAGCGACGUGCGUUAUGGUCGGAGCUGUGUCAGAUUUAGUCGCAAGAUUAGUACUUGCUGUUGUCACUUACUUCUUUGUCGUCGACAGUCGGCUGAUUUUCUUCGUGGGCACGUGUGUAACGGUCUUCCUACGUAUAGCCUUGGUGACAUCAAGCUCGCUGUGGUUUGUUUUCGCAAUCACUGCCGUAUCUGGUCUCGUGAGGUGCUCCGUCCAGGUGUUGUUUCCUCUUGUGUUGGUCACUGCGGCGCCAGAUCGCUUCCCAGCAGCACUGGCAUUACACAUAUUGUUCUCUGGAACACUUAUGAUGUUGGCUGAUCCUAUGAUUGGUGUACUAUAUGAAACUACAGGAAGUUACGUGUACUGUUUCUUCGCAAUGAGUUUCUGCUGUCUAGUGUGUGUUGUACUAUGGACUAUUGAAUUUAUAGUGUACCGUAAAGGUAAAAGUAGAUCCUAAAUAUAAUUAUUAGAACUUUCAAGUACUAUUGUAUUUGUGCCGUAAGUCUUAAACUUUUUGAAAGAAGGCCCUAAGGUGAUAUGCCAUAUGAAAGUCUUUUUAAUUACCAGACUACUUUCUAGUUAAAAGAUUACAAAUUUCUAUGAGAAAGUUCCUUUACAAAAAGUCUAAGAUGAGAGUGAAACUGCGGGCAGUAGCUAGUUGAUUUUUUAUUAAAUAGUU